AUGGCCUCGAGCCUGCCCAUACCAGCGCCACCGCGAACACCCACCCCGCCAACCCCAAUUCGAGAAGAGGAGCAAGAGAUGGGCGGUGGACUGGGCAUCAAUGGCAUCUCUCGAACCGUACGCUCGACAAUGGCUUUGGACCCUAAUUCGCUAUCCCCCAUGACCGAUACCUUCCCUUCGCGCUUCGGGUCAAUGGGCUCUCCAAUGUCCUCUUCUGCAAACACACCCACCUUCAACAACUUCAACAACAACAAUACCAUGGGCCCUCCACCCCUCAACGCGGGCACUCUCAACCCCAACUCCACCUCCACUUCCAACCCCAAUCCCUUCAACUUCCAGACACAGACCAUCAAAGAGACUCCCCUAAGCACAAUCGCGAAAUCAGUAUGGCUAUUACCACCGUUCAGCAGCGAGCAGCGUCUCUAUCUGCUGUCAGAACAAGAAAUAUAUGCUAACUAUUACCCCAAGAACAUCGGCCAGCGCAGAGGCCACAGAUACAAACACAGCAGUGUAUCAGCCCAGCACCAAAUCUUCCUCGAACCCCCACCACGCGCCCCCCUCGCCCUCCCAGCUUCACUCCCCGUGCCCACGCUGCGCGAAGCAUGGCAGUCCACGGCCAACAUGGACAAAGCGCAGCGUCUGCGCAUCCUCUGGUGUGCCUGCCACGCGCUGGUUGCAGCCUACGUGCUGUAUUCGGCGUCGGGUAGCCUGGCCAUGACAGCGCUCUCGCACCUCAUAUUCUUCGAUGCCAUAUCAGCCAGUAUCUGCGUGGCCGUCGAGAUCUUCUGCAACUUCGAGGUCUGGAAGCGUUCUUCCAUCCGCCACCCUUUCGGGCUCGAGCGCGCAGAGGUCCUCGCCGGUUUCGCCAUGUCCGUCUUCCUGCUCUUCAUGUCCUUCGACCUGAUCUCGCACAACCUCAAACACGUCCUCGAAUCCCUGGGCUCGCAUCAGCCGCACCACCCACAUUCGCAUCAUAGGGUUAGUCCGGGCAGUAUAGAUAGUGCGGCCGUGUUGAGUAUUGUAGCUACAUUGAUCAGCGCCGUGGUGCUGGACAACCACAAGAGAAUCGGCAAGGCGAUGCGUUUCGUGUACCUAGACAACCUACCAGGCAUCCUCUCGAACCCCGCACAUCUCCUCACCCUAUCCUGCAGCACGCUCAUGCUCAUCCUACCUCUCCUCUCCAUCAACAUCUACAUCUGGCUCGACCGGCUGCUCUGCACGCUCACCGCAGUCGCCAUGUUCGCCCUAGGCACGCGCCUAGCUAUGACCCAGGGCCUCAUGCUCCUCAUGUCGUAUUCGGGCACGGGCGUCAGCGAGGUGAUGCAGCAGGUAGUGCGCGAGCCGAUGGUGGUCGGUGUGGAGGAAGCGCGCUUCUGGCAGGUGCAUUUCGGGCUGUGCAUGGCGAAUCUCAAGCUCAGGGUGACGGGGGACGAGACGCAGGUUGGGAAGCUGAGGGAGCGGAUCGCAUUGUUGGUUAGGAAUAGACUGGGCGGUGGGUAUGGCAAGGGGUCGGGGUUGAAGUGGGAAGUUACGGUGCAGUGUACGAUUGAAAAGUGA